CCUAGCGCCCUUCGCGGCGCUCCUCAAGAUGGCGGCCGACAGUGAGCCCGAGUCCGAGGUAUUUGAGAUCACGGACUUCACCACUGCCUCGGAAUGGGAAAGGUUUAUUUCCAAAAUUGAAGAAGUCUUAAAUGACUGGAAACUGAUUGGAAACUCUUUGGGAAAGCCACUUGAAAAGGGUGUAUUUACUUCUGGCACAUGGGAAGAGAAAUCAGAUGAAAUUUCCUUCGCUGAUUUCAAGUUCUCAGUCACUCAUCAUUAUCUUGUACAAGACUCCACUGACAAAGAAGGAAAGGAUGAAGUAUUGGAAGAUGUUAUUCCACAGUCUAUGCAAGAUUUGUUGUGUAUGAAUAAUGACUUUCCUCCGAGAGCACAUUGCCUGGUAAGAUGGUAUGGAUUGCGGGAGUUUGUGGUGAUUGCCCCUGCUGCAAACCAUGAUGCAGUUCUCAGUGAAUCUAAGUGCAAUCUUCUUCUGAGUUCUGUGUCUAUUGCUUUGGGAAACACUGGCUGCCAGGUGCCACUCUUUGUGCAAAUUCAUCACAAAUGGCGAAGAAUGUAUGUGGGCGAAUGUCAGGGUCAUGGUGUCCGAACUGAUUUUGAAAUGGUUCAUCUUCGGAAAGUGCCAAAUCAGUACACUCAUUUAUCAGGCCUGCUGGAUAUCUUCAAAUCAAAGAUUGGAUGUCCUUUAACUCCUUUGCCUCCGGUUAGUAUUGCUAUUCGCCUUACCUAUGUACUUCAGGAUUGGCAGCAGUAUUUUUGGCCUCAGCAACCUCCAGAUAUAGAUGCCCUUGUAGGAGGAGAAGUUGGAGGCCUGGAGUUUGGCAAGUUACCAUUUGGUGCCUGUGAAGAUCCUAUAAGUGAACUCCAUUUAGCAACUACAUGGCCUCACCUGACUGAAGGUAUCAUUGUGGAUAAUGAUGUUUAUUCUGAUUUGGAUCCUAUUCAGGCUCCCCAUUGGUCUGUUAGAGUUCGAAAAGCUGAUAAUCCUCAGUGUUUGCUAGGUGAUUUUGUCACUGAAUUUUUUAAAAUUUGCCGUCGAAAGGAGUCAACUGAUGAGAUUCUUGGACGAUCCACAUUUGAGGAAGAAGGGAGAGAAAUUGCUGAUAUAACUCAUGCUUUGUCAAAGUUGACAGAGCCAGCACCGGUUCCAAUUCAUAAAUUAUCAGUUUCAAAUAUGGUACAUACUGCAAAGAAGAAAAUACGAAAACAUAGAGGUGUAGAGGAGUCACCACUGAAUAAUGAUGUCCUCAAUACUAUUCUCUUGUUCUUAUUCCCUGAUGCUGCUUCUGAGAAACCAUUAGAUGGAAGUUCUGCAGUAGAUAAUAAUAAUCCUCUAUCAGAGAGUGAAGAAUAUAAUCUCUACAAUCAGUUCAAAUCUGCACCAUCUGACAGUUUAACAUACAAGUUGGCUUUGUGUCUUUGUAUGAUCAAUUUCUACCAUGGAGGAUUGAAGGGAGUGGCACACCUCUGGCAGGAAUUUGUUCUUGAAAUGCGUUUCAGAUGGGAAAAUAACUUUCUGAUUCCAGGAUUAGCAAGUGGACCCCCAGAUCUAAGAUGUUGUUUACUGCAUCAGAAACUACAGAUGUUAAAUUGUUGUAUUGAAAGAAAGAAGGCCCGUGAUGAGGGGAGAAAGACAAAUACUUCAGAUAUGUUUCCAGGGGAUGCUGGAAAAGCUGGAGACCAGCUGGGGCCGGAUAAUCUAAAAGAUACUGAUAAGGAAAAGGGAGAGGUUGGAAAAUCUUGGGAUUCUUGGAGUGACAGUGAAGAAGAAUUUUUUGAAUGCCUAAGCGAUACUGAAGAACUUAAAGGAAAUGGACAAGAGAGUGGCAAGAAAGGAGGACCUAAGGAGACAGCAAGUUUAAAACCAGAAGGACGACUACAUCAGCAUGGAAAACUCACUCUGCUACAUAAUGGAGAACCACUCUACAUUCCAGUGACCCAGGAACCAGCACCUAUGACAGAAGAUCUGCUGGAGGAGCAGUCGGAGGUUCUAGCUAAAUUAGGAACAUCAGCAGAAGGGGCUCACCUCCGAGCACGCAUGCAGAGUGCCUGUCUGCUCUCAGAUAUGGAGUCUUUUAAGGCAGCGAAUCCAGGUUGUUUCCUGGAAGAUUUUGUGAGGUGGUACUCACCCCGGGAUUAUAUUGAAGAGGAAGUCAUUGAUGAAAAGGGCAACAUGGUUCUGAAAGGAGAACUGAGUGCCCGAAUGAAGAUUCCAAGCAAUAUGUGGGUAGAAGCCUGGGAAACAGCUAAACCAAUUCCUGCCAGAAGGCAGAGGAGACUUUUUGAUGAUACGCGGGAAGCAGAAAAGGUGCUGCACUAUCUGGCAGUCCAGAAACCUGCAGACCUUGCUCGGCACCUGUUACCUUGUGUAAUUCAUGCAGCUGUACUCAAGGUAAAGGAAGAAGAAAAUCUGGAAAACAUUUCUUCAGUUAAGAAGAUUAUAAAGCAGAUAAUAACUCAUUCCAGUAAAGUUCUGCACUUCCCCAAUCCAGAAGACAAGAAAUUGGAAGAAAUCAUCCAUCAAAUUACUAAUGUAGAAGCUAUAAUUGCCAGAGCCCGCUCACUGAAAGCCAAGUUUGGAACUGAGAAAUGUGAACAAGAGGAGGAAAAGGAAGACCUUGAAAAGUUUGUGAGUUGCCUUUUGGAGCAACCUGAAGUGUUAGUUGUGGGUGCAGGAAGAGGACAUGCUGGCAAAAUCAUUCACAAGCUGUUUGUGAAUGCUCAGAGGCUGACUGAAUCUUCUGAUGAGGCUGCAGCCAUGGCUCCACCGGAGGAGGAACUGAAGAGAGUGAGCUCUCCAGAAGAGAGAAGGCAGAACUCGGUGUCAGACUUCCCACCUCCUGCUGGCCGGGAACUCAUAUUGCGCACCACUGUGCCACGCCCAGCCCCGUACUCCCGAGCUCUGCCUCAGCGCAUGUAUAGUGUUCUCACCAAAGAGGAUUUCAGACUUGCAGGUGCCUUUUCAUCAGAUACCUCCUUCUUCUAA